UGGUAAACAAUUAUAAAAAGUAAUUAAUUAUUUCUAAUGGAAACAGAAGAAGAUGAACUGAGGAAAGGAAGGAACUAGAACAAGAGAAGGAAAAAAAAAAAAGACAUAAAGAGUGAUGGAAACAGCUGUCUUUAUGAGGCGAAACAAGAACCUCCUCUGUGUUUCUACAUAAACUCUCUCUCUCUCUCUCUCUCUCUCUUUCUUUUUCUCCUUUCCUCUUACAAAAACAUUGGAGAUAAUAAUGAAUUCGUUGCAGUUGGAUAAGCGUCUGGACACGACGGAGCAAGUGGUCGAAGAAAUCAUGAGAAUCCACAGAUCUCUACCGCCGAGGCCAGGGCUCGACGAGGUCGAAGCCGCUACCUCUCUGAUACAGAACGUGGAGAAGGAAGACCGAGCCUGGCUAGAAGCCAUUGCUAACCAGAGGAAGCCCUCCGACGUUCCCGGCGAGCUGUUCUCGAUACUGCAAGAGAUGAAGAAAGGUCUCGUCCAGUUUAAAAGCAAAGAACAGAUAAGAGAAGCCGCGAAGCUUCUCGAUCUGGAAACCGUUCACUCUCUCUUCGACGAUUUCAUUCAAAGAGCUUCUGAUUGCAUUUCUUCUCCUUCUAACGGCUCUGCUCCUCCGUCUCGUCUUCCUCCGCGGCCUCCUCCGACGAGCUUGUAUUUGAACGAGAAGACGCCUGCUCGUCCCAAGGAAAUGGUUUCACGAGACGAUAGCUUCGUGAGUAAAGCUAAGCCUUCUCUCUACGGUGAUGGUUUCGUAGCUCCUCCUCGAACGCCACAGGUUGUGGAUUCAACACUUACCGCCGGGAAAUUCGCCGGCGGCAAUGACGGAGAUAAGCUGAGUUUAAUCAAGCUUGCUAGUUUAAUCGAGGUAUCAUCCAAGAAAGCUACGAAAGAGCUGAACCUACAGAACAAACUAUCCGAACAAGUAGAGUGGCUACCAGAUUCUAUCGGCAAGUUAUCCACUCUAACCUCCCUCGACUUGUCUGAAAACCACAUCGUGGUGUUACCAAACACCAUAGGAGGGCUCUCUUCCUUAACAAACCUCGAUUUGCGUUCCAACAGAAUCACUCACCUCCCCGAGUCCAUCGGAGAGCUGAUCAACUUGGUUAGCCUCAACCUCAGCGGCAACCAGCUAUCGUCUCUCCCUUCUUCCUUCAGCAGGUUGUUGCAGCUCGAGGAGCUUAACCUGAGCUGCAACAACCUCCCGGUCCUCCCCGAAUCCAUUGGUUCGCUCGGGAACCUAAAGAAGCUCGACGUCGAGACUAACGACAUCGAGGAGAUCCCUUACUCCAUCGGCGGAUGCUCUUCUCUUACCGAGCUCCGCGCGGAUUACAACAAGCUCAAGGCUCUCCCCGAGGCGAUCGGGAAAAUCACUACUCUCGAGGUCUUGUCUGUUCGUUACAACAACAUCAGGCAGUUGCCGACGACGAUGUCUUCUUUGUCUAGCCUCAAAGAGCUGGACGUGAGUUUCAACGAGCUCGAGUCUGUUCCCGAGAGCUUGUGUUUCGCCACGGCGCUUGUGAAGCUGAACGUGGGGAACAACUUCGCUGAUAUGGUGUCGCUGCCGAGGUCGAUAGGGAACCUUGAGAUGCUCGAGGAGCUUGAUAUAAGCAACAACCAGAUCCGUGUGCUUCCGGAGUCGUUUAGGAUGCUUACGAAGCUGCGUGUGUUUCGUGCUCAGGAGAAUCCGUUGCAAGUUCCUCCGAGGGAGGUAGCUGAGAAGGGUGCUCAGGCUGUUGUUCAGUACAUGAAUGAUCUUGUGGAGGCGAGGAACGCGAAGUCUCUAGUGGUUAAGCCGAAGAAGAGCUGGGUGCAGAUGUGCUUCUUCUCCAAGUCCAACAAGAAAAAACAAAGCAACAUGGAGAUUGUUUAAUACACUGCUGACCAGUUUUCAGGUAAUUCUGUUAAUACUAUUUGACAAGUGGCAGACAAAUCCAGCUAUCUUCACAAGACAAUGAAAAGAGGGAGAAAGAGAGGAGCUUUGUUUCAUUAUUCAUUCUUUGUUUUGUAUGUUAUGUUUCUUUACUAGUGUUCACAUGUGUUAUUGUGCGCAUCAUUGUUUCAUUCAUGUCUCUCCACAUUAUCUGUUCUUGCUUUUCAUGGUUAUGAGUUCUGACUGAACUGUAGAGCCGGUCCAAAACAGAAUCAACCCAUAUUUGUGUGCCA